CAUAGUUAUCAGUAAUGGAAAUAAUUGUGUGUAACAGUCUACAGUUAUUUUAUACUGUCAUUACAAAUACUUAAAGUGUUGGAUCUGCUGUAGAACUGCAUUGAAUGUAAUUAAUUCAAAAGAACAGAAAAUGCAAAGAAGCAGCUCCAUCUCUGUAUUGACAGUAUCUUAUAUCUUCUGUCAUUUUGUGUUCAGAUGGCAGCAUAAUUUACAAUAUGAUGUCAACACUCAGCUCACAUAUGAGCCUUUGGUUCCCCCCGUCACAUAACUGACUCCUCCCCACCAACCCGGGAUGCAGCCCCACCUCCCCUCAUACAGCCUCAUACAACCUCCCAGCAUCCCGUCAGGCUGGGCAGACAGAGCUGCCACACACUGAAGAGGCAGAGCUAUCCUGUUUGAGGAGGGACAAGACAGAUCCUGAGAAGACCAUUAAGAAACAGAAGGAAGACAGAGGGCUUCGAGCACCGCACAGGUCAGCUUACUGAGACUCUGCUUCAGGGGUCGUAUGAUGCUUCUGGCUGAUGAAGAGAAAUCUCCAGAGGAAGAAAUGAGUUUCGGAGCAGCAUGCAUUUUCCUACGAGGAGGGAAAAAUAUUUCAAGAGAACUGGCUGAGGAUGAGAUUGACGAGCUGCGUGAUGCCUUCAAUGAGUUUGAUAAAGACAAGGACGGGCUGAUCAGCUGUAAGGACUUGGGGAAUCUGAUGAGGACAAUGGGCUACAUGCCCACUGAGAUGGAGCUGAUCGAGCUGAGCCAGAAUAUCAACAUGAACCUUGGUGGGAGAGUCGACUUUGAGGACUUUGUAGAGCUGAUGGCCCCGAAGCUUCUGGCAGAAACGGCUGGGAUGAUUGGUAUGAAGGAGCUUAAAGACGCCUUUAAAGAGUUCGACAUGGACGGAGACGGAGAGAUCACAACAGAGGAGCUGCGAUUAGCCAUGACUAAGCUGAUGGGAGAGCACAUGAGCCAAAGAGAGAUCGAUACCAUAGUAAAAGAAGCAGAUGACAAUGGAGACGGCACAGUAGGCUUUGAAGAGUUCGUCAGAAUGAUGUCCCAUCAAUGACAGUCGAGGAGACCGUCAGCCAAGAAAACAUCUUUGCACCUCUAUAGACAAGCAUUAACAUUGUCGCUGUCCUUUCUGUGAGGCUCUUUGACAGAUAAACUUGUACAUAUCAAGAAGAACGCGGGAUAAUGUUAAAAUUCAAAGAAAACUGCAAAGAAAAGUCAAGCAAUAUCAAGUCGCUCUCAGAGAAUUUUACAACUAUGCAAAGAUUGACAAUCAUGCACUGAGACUUUUUUAAUGUAAGAUUAUUGAAAAGAACUAUAUUGAUUUGUUUGAUGUUUAUUGACAAUACAGGAGGUCAUUUUGAAUUGUUUAAUUGAACUGGAUUGGGUAUGUGUAUGUAUUGCGAAUGGAACAUAUUUAUUCUGAGUAUUUAUUCUGACAGUACUGGAUCAUUCAUAUCCCUGAAACAAUGUAAUGCACAAUUAGAUAUAAACUUAUCAAAUGUUUAUUAUAUAUAUUAUUAUGUAACAGUUAUGAUACUACUGUGUAUAGAUUAUGUAUGUAUACAGUACUUUGCCUGGGCUUGUUGUAUUGUCUAACUUGUUGGGCUAAAUUGUUAAUUUAUGGACAGAAUCCAACAAGUUAGAUCUCAUUAACAGAUACAAAAUAAA